GCGCGCCUCGCGGCUCCCGCUCCAGAGCUUCGUGGCCCGCCUGUGUCUGCAGAGCAGGGGCGGGGGCCCCGGCGGCACCGACUGGGGACCGAGAUCAAAGUAGCCGCCCAAUCGUAGACAGUCCCCCUAGCUCGGACGGCGCGUCGGGGCGGGAGCAGAUCGGCCAGGUGAAGGACUACUGCGGAUCCGACAGCGCGUCCCAGCACCUUGGACUUGCUCCCUCCCGAACUGGGGAAAAUCUGAGGAAACCAGGCAGGGACCUUGGAGACACCGCCUGCAUACUUAACAACCUGGACAUCCAGUCACCUUGGUACCUCGCUGCUUCCCAGACACUUUGGAGAGGCAGGAGCUGACAGCUGGCUGACAGAAAGCUCGCCCAGGGAGAGAAGAGACAAAAAUCAAGUAUGGAACUAGGAAUCAUGGUUUCAGAAUAGACCUGCGAAUUGGGAGCCACGCUGCCCCCCUAAGUCCUGCACCCCAAGCUUCAGGUAUUGAUUUCUGACACUUGAAGAUGGAUGAAGGCACAGAAGUUUCAACCGACGGAAACUCCUUGAUCAAAGCCGUCCAUCAGAGCCGGCUGCGCCUCACGAGACUUUUGCUAGAAGGCGGUGCCUACAUCAACGAGAGCAAUGACCGUGGAGAAACACCUUUAAUGAUUGCUUGUAAGACCAAACACAUCGAUCAGCAGAGCGUCGGGAGAGCCAAGAUGGUGAAAUACCUUCUGGAGAACAGCGCCGACCCCAACAUCCAGGACAAAUCUGGGAAAAGCGCUCUGAUGCACGCAUGCUUAGAAAGAGCUGGCCCGGAGGUGGUUUCCUUGCUCCUCAAGAGUGGGGCGGACCUCAGCCUGCAGGACCAUUCUGGCUACUCAGCUCUGGUUUAUGCUAUAAAUGCGGAAGACAGAGAUACCCUGAAAGUCCUCCUUAGCGCUUGCCAGGCUAAAGGGAAAGAGGUCAUUAUCAUAACGACAGCAAAAUCGCCCUCUGGGAGGCACACCACCCAGCAAUACCUCAACAUGCCUCCGGCGGACAUGGAUGGGAGCCAUCCGCCGGCCACGCCUUCAGAAAUUGACAUCAAAACAGCCUCGUUGCCACUCUCAUAUUCCUCUGAGACGGACCUGACACUCUUUGGCUUUAAAGAUAAGGAGUUUUCUGGAAGCAGUGAUAACACCUGGGACCCAGACUCUCCUAGGCGGAAGCCUGUGAUGGCCACAAAUGGGCCCAAGCUAUCCCAGGCUGGUCCAGCCUGGAUCAAGAGUACCCCAUCACUAAAGCACCAGGCCAGAGUGGCCUCCUUGCAAGAGGAGCUCCAAGAUAUCACUCCAGAGGAAGAAAUAGCCUACAAAACCAGCGCGCUGGCACUUUCUAAGCGGUUCAUCACCAGGCACCAGAGCAUCGACGUAAAAGACACAGCGCACUUGCUCAGGGCCUUUGACCAGGUCAACUCAAGGAAGAUGUCGUAUGACGAAAUAAAUUACCAUUCUUUGUUUCCGGAAGGCAACCAGCCAUGCAUGGAAAUUCCCACUGACCAGGACCCGGACUCCAACCAGGCUCUCUUUACCUCCACUUUAAAAAGUAUCGUCCAAAAGCGAAACUCGGGAGCCAAUCACUAUAGCUCUGAUUCUCAGCUCUCAGAGGGGGUUACCCCUCCAAACUUAGAAGAUGGCAAAGCUGGAAAGAAGAAGAUCUUCGCGCCAUCUCCUUCCUUGCUAACGGGGUCUAAAGAAUUAAUGGAGACCGUCCCUCCGGGUCCCCUGAGCAGGAGGAAUCACGCGGUCUUAGAAAGGCGGGGCUCUGGAGCCUUCCCCAUUGAUCACAGCCUCCUGCAGAGCAGACCCGGGUUUCUGCCACCCUUAAAUGUAAAUCCUCACCCUCCUAUCACAGACGGCGGUGUCAACAAGAUCUGCAGCCUGCUUUCUUGUGGCCAAAAAGUGCUUGUGCCCACGGUUCCUAGUUUCCCGAAGGAGUUCAAAAGCAAAAAGAUGUUGUUAAGGAGGCAGUCACUACAGACAGAGCAAAUCAAGCAAUUAGUAAAUUUUUAAGAGAUGACUAGAAAACACAACAUGUUCAGACGUCUGUAUCAGAAAAACAGAGAAGAGAUCUUAACUGUAUCCUUUUAAGUCUUAGCUAGUGCAUCACGGCUAGGCAGAUCAAAUAUAGUGUAUUUUGUAUUAGGUACUGUGAGCACACCAUGAUAUAGAGCUUCUGAGGAAAUCCUAACAAAGCGAAAGCUGGUUUUCUUAAAACCUCCAGUAUUUAUCAGCUUUCAUGUGGCCCAAGUUUUCCAUCUAAACAGAAAUCCUCCAAGAAAGAAAGUUGCCUAUGCUAGAAAUGAUUUUUAAAAUUUCCG